AUGCCAUUGGAUCUAAGAUUCUUUCAACUGUGCCUGUUAGCGCUUCAGACAUUUGAUAACGAUGCUCGAACUCCGUUGCACUACGCGGCACAACGCGGUCAACUCGACAUUGUUGAGAAAUUGCUCGCAGUGAACGCUCGAAAUGCAACUCGUGAUUGUUUCGGUAUAUCGCCGGCUCAUUACGCUGCCCAAGGUUCUUUUAGAGCACAAAAUUUUUUAAAUGUGUUCAAAGUUUGUUCUGCCCAGGUGAUGUUUGGUGAGUUUCAGGAUCAGUAUGACAGUGAUGGUCGAUCGUGUUUUAUGUGGGCCGUCAUUGCUGAUCAAGAGGAAAUGGUACGAUUCUUCCUUGACAACUUUGAACCGGAUCGAAAUCAUCAUGACAAAUACGGCUAUACGGUAUUGCAUCAUGCCGCCCAAGUUGGGAGUCUUCGACUGGUGAAA